AUGGGGACUCAAAAAAUUGUCAUAAUAUCGAUGGUAGUUAUUUUGAUCAUAUUUAUUGUGGAAGAUUCGGUCGUAUCGGGAAUGUCAUCAUCAGAAAAAGGAGAAUUAAGGGACAAAGUUGUGGAAAUGUUUCGACAUGCAUAUGAUUCUUACAUGAAUCAUGCUUUUCCUGCUGACGAGCUGAUGCCCUUAAGCUGUAAAGGUAGAUACAGAGGCACCAUGCCAAACCGUGGUGACAUUGAUGACAGCCUUGGAAAUUUCACAUUGACAUUGAUUGACACCUUGGACACAUUAGUGGUCCUGGGUGAAAUUGAAGAAUUUGAAAAGGCUGUUCAUUUAGUUAUAGAACAUGCUAAAUUUGAUAGUGAUAUAAUAGUUUCUGUCUUUGAAACUAAUAUACGUGUGCUUGGGGGGUUGUUAGGGGGACAUGUAGUAGCUACAUUUUUGAAGAAAAAGAAGAAAUCCAUGGAUUGGUAUAACGAUGAACUUUUAUCAAUGGCCAAAGAGGUUGGCUACAGACUUCUUCCAGCAUUCAAUACAUCUACGGGUAUACCAUAUGCUAGGGUAAAUUUAAAACAUGGCAUUACCAAAGAACUUACAAGUCGUUGUAAGGACACUUGUACUGCCUGUGCAGGGACCAUGGUGCUGGAAUUUGCAGCUCUUAGUCGCCUCUCAGGAGAGCCAGUAUUUGAGGAGAAGGCUCACAAAGCCAUGGACUACUUAUGGCAGCAGCGACAUAGAACUAGUGAUUUGGUGGGCACAGUCAUCAACAUCCACAGUGGUGACUGGAUUCGCAGAGAAAGUGGUGUUGGGGCAGGGAUUGACUCUUACUAUGAGUAUGUACUGAAGGCUUACAUCCUGCUAGGGGACGACACCUACCUCCAGCGUUUCAACAAGCACUAUGAUGCUAUAAUGAAGUACAUUAGUCAGGGACCAAUGUUUGUUGAUGUGCACAUGCACAAACCUCAGUCUAUAUCAAGGCACUUUAUGGACUCACUGCUGGCUUUCUGGCCAGGCUUACAGGUUCUAAAAGGAGACAUAAAACCUGCAAUGGAGACACAUGAGAUGUUGUAUCAGAUCAUGCAGAGACAUAAUUUCCUACCAGAGGCCUUUACUACAGAUUUCCGUGUCCACUGGGGACACCAUCCAUUGAGGCCUGAGUUUGUUGAAUCCACUUACUUCUUACAUAAGGCUACGGGAGAUCCUCAUUACCUCAACGUAGGGAAGGAGGUGAUCAACAAUCUCAACACCUAUGCCCGUGUUGACUGUGGCUUUGCUGCUAUCAAAGAUGUAACGACUGGAGUACAUGAGGACCAGAUGGACUCGUAUGUACUGGCAGAGACAUUUAAGUACUUAUACUUGAUGUUCAGUGAUAAGUCAGAACGUGUAUUAGAUAUUGAUGACUACAUAUUUACCACAGAAGCUCAUCUCCUACCUCUCGCAUUAUCUGUGACCAACAUGACCUCAAGACUACCAAAGGUGAGGAGUGAGGUUUACCAGGACCUGGGAGACUUUAGUGACAGUUUUGAGAGUAUGUCCCACCCAUCAGACGAUGAGUAUCAAGAGGACAAUAAGUAUCACACCUGUCCAAAUCUUCAACACCUGUACCAGGGCACUCAGAAUUACGCUUUCAAUCUCCGCUCCAAGGUCCAGAAUAUGGUGGACAAAUAUACUACUAAUACGAAAAAGGAUGGCCGUAAGCCCCGUCUGAGAGCAGCUGAUUUUAUAGCUGGUAACAAGGCUCAACUUGAUCUUUUGAUGUUGAUGGGAAUAAAAAUAGCCACUAUGGCUGAUGGAAGAGUGCAGCUGCUCCACACUGCAGGGGAGGCUGCCAGUCCUGAAGACGCUGAGGAUGGGAUGAAGUUUAUGCAGGAGAUGAUUGAGCUUUCUCGUCACCAGCAGCAGGAAUCUCAACACGACCCAAUGAUAGUUCAAGUGCUUUCAGACCCUUAUUUUGGAUCACUGUCUUUCAAAGCUGGGCCUGCUCAAUUUGGCUACAGUCUAAAAACCAAUCCUCCUAUCCAAGGAGUUGUAGCAAUAGCUGACCCCUUCAAUGCAUGUAGUGCUAUAACCAACCCGGAGGAGGUGGAAGGCAACAUCGCCAUCAUUGAACGAGGCAGCUGUAUGUUUGUAGACAAGGCAAGAAAUCUUCAAAAAGCUGGUGCCAAAGGCAGUGUUGUAAUAGACAACACUGAGGGCAGUUCUAGUGAAAGCCAUGCUCUGUUUGCCAUGUCAGGGGAUGGUCAGCAGGAUGUUGAUAUCCCACUUGUCUUUUUGUUCCACAAAGAGGGACAGACUAUCUUAAAACUGCUUCAAGAGUUCCCUAAACUUGAAAUACUUCUAGGAGAGCGAGAAAUGAAUGCAGAAGCAUUCCUUCCUAAAGAGCCACCAUCUCUAAUAGAACAGGAGCUGGAAGCUAACGGCCCUACAAUUGGAGGGAGCAAGGGCAUGAAAGAUACCAAUACUGAGGACACUGGCGAACCAGAUACUGUACAAACACCACAGGCUGAGGACUCCAAGAAACCUGACAAAUAUCGUGUCCACAUACGGGAAACAAGGGAAGGUAACACAUACAGACUUCCGACGAGUAGUGGCCAUGUCCAGCUUGUGGUUGAUGUAGGACGGACUAUCAACAAGCCACAUUAUCCAAAAAUUGUUGAUAGGGACGUCAUACAAAUGAAACAUUUGCCUGAUGGUACUAAACAGAUUGUUUUUAAACUUGAUGACUUGACAUCAUCUAAAGUACCAACAACGAAACCAGAACUCAACCAAAUAUAUGUUAGUGUUGUUCAGGUGCUGCAACAAAGGACUAACUUCGAGACUUUGAGCAAUCAAGCAGAUUAUCUUAUAUCAAUAGCCAGGUUAUUAGAGGCAGCUUAUUUUGGUUUUCAAGUACAAGAUGCUAAUGAUAAUUCUCAGGAACUGUUUGAUAAACUAGCUGGAUUGCUGGUGAUAAAGCCUUUAAAAUCACAUGAUAAAUCCAGUGAUGAAAAUGUACGGGAAAAACUCACCAUUUCACAUGAAUUCAAUCAUUAUGCAUCAGAAGAAGAUUUUGCUGAAGACAAAACUGCUAAAAAGGAGGUAAAACCUGGCAAAUCUACUAAAAUACAUGCCAAAAUAAAUACGUUAGAAGAGAUCAUAACAAUUACAGAGGAAGAAGAGGAGCAAAUUGACUCAUCCGAGCCAGUCAGACAAGCUACAGAUACAACAUUCCAAGAUGAUAUAAUGGUAGGGAGUGACACUGAUGGAAAAUAUGAAUUGCCUCAAAGUGACAUUGUAACAGAUGAUGAAUCAUCUCAAAGUAAUAUUCAUAUAGGAAAAAAUACUCCUGAACCAAACAUUCCUGAUACUGAUUCAAGUUCAGAACCAUUUAGGAUUUAUGCAACAGUAACAUCAAGGCGUGAUAAGGAAUCCGAAGAUGAAACAGAAGAGACUGAGAGCAUCCCAGAUCGUGACGAGUUAUAACAAUAUUUGUUAAGGUUCUAGAUUUCUAAGGUCCCUUUAACUCUUAAUGUCUUUAAUCAAAUAUGUCCCAAAAUUAUAUAAUGUUAAUAUUACAGAGUAAAU